AUGUUGCCCUGUCUUCCGUCCUCAGCUGCGCCACCUUCCUCGUGGGCUCUGGCCACCUCGGAACAGUCUGAGCUGGCUCUAAGCAGGUUCCAGAUGAGCCGGUUACGCCUGAAGAGUGUGCCAACGGAGACAUCGUUGGAGUCCGUUCUCGCGCAUAUCGCGACUUCAGACCUUCUUCUCGGUAGAAUCGCUUCUCUGCGCGAAGCGUAUCCGGAACUGGAGAGUCACAUUUUAGUAGAGCAAGCCAAAACACGCAUUCUUCAGGGGCUGAAAGCAGCCUGGAGCAGCCUUCAGCUACCAAUGGACUGUGGAUCCUACAGGUAUCGGAAUAUGGAGGAGUACUUUCAACCGUCUGACCGUUGUGGUUUCAAAGAUUCCAUUACCUUCUCCGCUGGAUUCGUUGUUCGCUGUGUGCGCAUUGCCUUGACGGAGGUAGUGGCGUCAAGGUUCCAGGAGCAUCCUCCAUGUGUUGUUAGAGGAUCUGGAGGCUUCUCUGGUUUGAAGUUGGAUGAGGGUUUGCUUUUAGACGACGUGAUGGCUAUGAUUGACAAAGAAUCCGGCACUGUACCAGGCGGAUCCUCUCCAGCACAUUCAGUGCCAUCACCUCCAGAUGAACAACAUCUCUUGGAUGAGUUGAUUCCCUCUCUUGACCCCCAAGACGACACUGAUCAGCGCUAG